AUGGACGAAAAGUUACAAAAAUUUUGGGAAAUGGAGGAAAUUUCCGAGAAAGAAAUGCUUACUCCCGACGAGCAAAGUUGUGUUGAUUAUUUCAACAAUACGAUAAGAAUGGAUGUUGAUGGAGCUUAUAUCGCGUCGUUGCCGUUUAGAGGUGAUCUAGCCAUGAUAUUAGGUGAUUCACGAAGAAUGGCAAUGGCUCGAUUAUUCCAAAUGGAGAAAAAAUUUGAAAAAAAUAAAGCAUUGAAAGAAGCAUACACAGCAUAUAUUAAUGAAUUAAUUGAGAAAGGCUACAUGGUAAAAUGUGUAAAUAAUAGUAGCGAACCACAAUGUUAUUUACCACACCAUCCAGUGAUGAAAGACAGUACAACAACAAAAGUACGGCCAGUUUUUGACGCGAGCAGAAAAACUUCAAACGGAAUUGCAUUGAAUGAUUUACUCCGACCAGGCCCUAAAUUACAAGAGGAUCUGUUCAAUAUUUUAAUUCGAUUCCGUACACAUGCAGUAGCGUUCACGGCAGAAAAAGAGAAAAUGUAUUUGCACGUAAAACUAGACGAACAAGAUCAACCGUAUCAUAAGAUUCUAUGGAGAGAUAGUGUGGAAAAAUCUAUUGAAGACUAUCGACUCACUACGGUUACAUUCGGUGUAAAUAUUUCGCCUUUCAUAGCAGUGGUAACUGUACAGCACCAUGCAAAAAACGAAAUGGAAAAUUUUCCUGAGACAUGCAGUAUCAUUUUGAAUGACUCGUAUAUGGACGAUGUUAGCAGCGGGUGCGACACGGUGGAAGAAGCGAUACAAAGAAGAGCAGAAAUAACGCACGUAUUACAACAAGGAGGUUUCCCACUGAAAAAAUGGGUAUCAAAUUGUGAAGAACUUUUGGAGAGCAUUCCGGAAGAUGAAAUCGAGUUAAAAACAAAGGAACUCGACGGCUAUAAGUAUGUGUCAACACUUGGUCUCAAAUGGUUCUUUGAGGGCGAUAAAAUUGGUUUUAAAAUGGACAUUGAAAGAAAUGCAUCAAAAUAUACAAAGAGAGCAAUUUUGUCUCAAAUCACUACCAUUUACGACCCAUUGGGACUAAUGUCUCCGGUUACAAUAUAUAACAAAAUUUUCUUGCAAGAAAUUUGGAAAGAACAAUGUGAUUGGGACGAAGAA